UGGUCGCUCUCCUCUACAACUUCCGCCCAAAUGAAAACACAGAGCUGUCAGCUGACAGAGCAGAGUAAAACAAUGACAGGGGAAACUGACUUCUGACGGGUUUUGAAAAGCCUGUGUGGCUGCUGCGAGUGGAAGCAGAGGGAUGUUAGGAGAGGGAAGAAGGAGCUGCUGUGUCUGGAGAUGAAACAAGUUUUGAACAAGUUCCUUCAUAUAAAGAGAGACAAAAUGGGCAGUGAAUACCUGGUACUGUCGUCUACAGUCUCCUGUACAAGUUCAUAUAAAGAGAUGUCAGAGUGCUUUAUAUGCAGGGACGGUGAACUAAUAUCCAGCAACCCUCUGAGGAAUUUCUGCGACUGCAAGAAUCUACUUGCCCAUCACGUGUGUCUAUCUACAUGGAUCCAGAGGGGAUGUGGGUGUGCCGACAGGCUGCAGUGCAUCAUCUGUAAGGCCAAGUACCAGCUGCAAAGGCGUUCCCCUUGCUGGUCGCUCAGCGUCCAGUGGCAGACGUGGCUCGUACUCAUCACGGCGAUUAUUUUGAUGGGAUUGGUGCCUUAUGUUGUUCACUGCAUGAUGACGGCGUUCCCCAACAAUCCGCCACCCAUCACCUUCAAACUGGCAACAGCCGCUUUUGGUAUUCUGACGGAGCUGCUGCUCAUCAAGGGUUUGUCAAGUUACCUUGUUAGCCGCUACCACAAAGCUGCACAGACGUCCUUCAUCAUCCAGCCCAGAAUCCCAGAUCCACACAGUCAAGAAAAGGGAAAGGAUACAGAUCUAAAGAAUGGACACUUGACACUCUCUUUCUGAGUCAGUGGCAUUGUACGGAAAUCUGGUUGAAAAUAAACUCAUUCGGUAUGUAUGAAGUGAAAAGCUAGUCAUUUCAGCAUUUCUCUGUGAUUUUUUUAUCUUUAUUUAUAUGAGAUGUUUUGCUUUGAAACCUAUUUUUCAACAAGUGGGACAUAGUGUGUUUUCUUCAUGUGAAACCUUACUUUCACUUUACUCUAUUUGUACAUUUGCACAAGCAGAAAAAUUGGUGGUACAAAGGAGAGAGCAGUAUGAGUGUGUUCAGCUCAGGGAGAAAAAACAAGUUGAAAUCACUAUUUGCUUAAUGAUGCCCACACAGAGACAAUGGGGCGCCGCUCUGAUUAGUGUCACCUGUCCUUGUGCAUCUCAUCAGCUCCAUUAUGGCUCCAUCUCCCAUGCUUCUUCUGCUAAUUGAAUAGCCCGUGAAGUGGUGAUGAGGACGGGGGCGAGAGCAACGUCUGUCCUGCCGCUGCUCCAGACAUGAAAGGAAAGAGAGGCAUGAGCUGUGCAAACAUAAACCAUUAUCAGACAGAUAGAAAAGUGCCAACAAGUAGCCCUCAUGUUAUAUUAGCAUCAUGCUGAGUGCAGUUUGUUUUUAUGUAUAACAGCUUUGAAUUAGCUGCAGCUGCUGUAUAGAUUUGUUGAAGCGUAUGGCAUCUCUUCAAAGUCUUUUUUUUGUGGGGGUUUGCUCAAAAUGUACUCUACUUGUUUGUUAAAUAUUUCAUGCAGGAACAGAGUUAGCUUAGCUUUGCAAACAGACAAAAGAAUUCGGCAGUAAACUCAAAACCAGCAGUAAACUCAAAAGCAGGUUUCAUAUCAACUUUGCACGGAUAUGCAACACAUUUCUAAAGGGUUCCAUAACUGCCCAUGUUUCUUUUCAUCUGGCAGUUUUGUUGUUCCACCCUUAGUUAAUUCUUCCUGUUAUGUUUGUUUCUUUUUGUUGCACCAUGAGUGUGGGAAGGGGAGAGGAUGAUGACCCAUGUCCGAUGUUCAAUGUUGUGUGUGUUCAAAAUAUAUGGACUUAAUGUCAGGAGAGAGGUUACGCAUUCAGCUUUUCCUACUGCCUCCUCCUCUCUGGGACUGCUCUGGGUCGUGCGGUGCCUGGGACAGCUCUCCAGUGCAGCCAGUUGAUUGACGGCUCAGAUGACUGACAGCUUGGCUCUCGUUUCUCCCGCUACCAGUGACGUACCAGCUGGGUCGUUACAAUAUUAAUAAAAAAUGUUAGAAUGCUUUGUAAAUCGGAUCAAUUUGUGAAUUGAAGCUUCAGCUUCUUCUGGGGUUUGCAGAAACAGCACCUUACUUGUUGUGUUUUAUGCUUUAUUUGAUCUUCUGCUGUUUUGUUGAAGCAGUUUUAACAUUUUUCUUUUUAGUCAGAUGAAUAUUGAUUAACAAAGCACAAUGUGGAUUCUUUAGUGUCAGUGUGUUUCUAAAGCCUUUGGUCUCAAUAAUUAACCCUUUAGACUCAAUUAGGAGUCAGAGGAAUUUUUAAGAUUUUUUUUUUCUUAAAAUUUGCUCUAUUAAUGAAAUCUUUAAAACAGUUUUAUUUCUCUGGGGUAAUUUUUGAUAUAAAUCUUUUAGUACAACCCCAGCUAUGUUUUUUACAGAUAUAUAUUUUUAGUAAAUUACACAAUAAUUCCUCAAUAAGCACUAAACUGUCCAAAAAAAUAUCAGUUCUGAGUGUUUAGCCUUUUUUUGUGCAAAAACUCAAGAUCAAGCUGUUUUUAUGCUUCAUAACAAAAGAUCAAACAUGUGGAGACAAAAUAAUGUUUAAAUCCACAAAGAGAGCUAAGACAAGGUCAAACUAAUUCUCCACUGAUUUAUCUACAAAGUUCCAAGGAUUUCUUUGGAGGUCACAGUUGUGGGUCAAAACUCUUGUAUGUUUGUGUCAAACCAAAAGCGUCAAAGCUAAAAACUUUUGGAAACCUUCACCUUAAAAUCUAAACGAAAACAAUGCGACAGGCUGGCAAACUGUCCAGGCUGUACCCUGCCUUUGCCCACGAGUGGCCGGGAUUGGCCCCCAUCAGCCCCGUGACCCCGAAAGGCACAAUACGGGUUUAAAAGAUUAACAAAUGAAUGAAGGAAAACAAUGCUAAUGAGGGUUCUGUGUCAUUUCUGCAACAUUGUAAACAGCAGAUAUGACUGGCAAACACAAUGGUUAGUUCAGAAGCUGACGAAUGAAGACAAAAAGGCCUGACUUUAGGGAAAGCUCAAAGGGUCAGUGUCUUUGAUUAUUUUAAUCAGUUUUUCAAAAACAAAGAUUUGGUUUGUUUUGAUGAAAACAAGCUAUUUGUCAGCUUUUGUCACGGAUCAGAGCCGCUGAUCUGGACUUUUUUAGAAAUCAACCGUGUGAACUCUGACCUUACAGAUCCUUUCUUUGUUUCAACUUUCCCCAAAACUCUGUAUUUUUGCCGCUUUGUAUGAGUUCUGUUUUCACAUAUUGUUGUUUUUACUGUAAAAAUAAAAUGAAAAGAGAUGUAUUAUUGUUUGAA